AUGCUGCUUAGAGCCUCAUGUUUUCUCGCCGCCGCCACGGGUGUGGCCGCUGAACUAUGUAUCAUUGGCCCAACACCAGUGACGGCCUGCGGGGCCGGAGAUAUCAACAAGGCGAAUUGGGACCAGUUUGGCAUCGACAAUUUCGUGUUUGCCAUGAUCCGAACUUUCGGAACCUCAGACAACUUCCCAAAGUUCAUCCUCUCGCAGUUAGCGCCCACGGGUCAAGAGAGUGUAAACGCCAACUUUGACUGCUCAAAUAUUGAGGACCCGAGCAAUUGCAAAAUUAACGGCUUACAAAACCCAGAUGGUGGAAACUGCAUCUUCAACGGCUUGGGAGGCACAUUAUGCUUGGACUUUACCUCGCCCGAGGCUGGCUUCCUUGCAGCCAACUGGAUCAACCAGUACGAUGGCCUGCGUGCGCACUUCCUUGCGGUCCGAGAGGCCGCCGACAAUCUGAAGAAUGAAAACUUCAUCAGCAACAUGGUCGACAAGCUGGCGCCGCAAAAGCAACCCAUUGGGCCAGCUGUCUUUGGACUCAUUGCCGACUUGAUCGUCGAUAUUCUUCCCGUUGGCGGUGAGAUUAAGGCCGCCAGCACGUUUAUAAAGAAAUUCAAGAUCAUACGGAAAGCCACGAAGAAGGACAUCAAAGAUGAUGGCAAAGACAUCAUCAGCGUCUUGGAGUCAAAUGCCGACAUUGACAAGCAGGCCGCAGCAACCAAGGACACCCUGACAGCGCAAUUGGAGGCCAUUGUCACUGGCACACAACAGCGUAUGAGGGAUCUUGUCGAGCAGGUGUUCGGACCAAACCAGGACCCUACCACUGUCGACGACGACCAGAUUGUCAACACUGUUGCCUUCAUAAAUACCUACCACGGCGGGUUUCUGGACGACGUCCCUGCACAAUCUGAUCUUGUUCCUCAGAUGGAGAAGCAGAUGAAGACAUGGAUAGCUUCUCAAAUCAUCAGCAUCCUUGGAUAUGCCUUGUUCAUUGAUAGCACUCCGCUAGCAGAUCCCCCUGGCCAGCCUGGCGUUGUUUGCAAUGCAGAAGGUGGUAUCCCACUUAGUGGAGGCUGCGGUCUGUUCCGUAUCGGCGCCGUCGUAGGUUCCGGAAACGUCAUCGAUGGCGCGCAAAAAGCCAACGAUAUAUUUGCUCUGAAUGACCUCGGAAUUAACAUGAACGACGUCGUCAACAACGCGAGAGGUUGCCCUCAAGGCAACACUGUCGACUUUGAGGGCUUCUUGGAGAUGGAUGAUUCGAACCCGUUGCCUAACUGCAUGUUCAACUUCCCGGUUCAAGACGUUAAACUGUAA